AUGGGUAAGCACAAGUCUUCUUUGAAGGCUUGGUGCCACAGUCUCAUCCCGCUCUUGCUCCUCGCUCUUGCGGUCAAUAUCUGCCAGGCUCGUGACAGAGACCAUAAGAAGCGAGACGAUAUCACCGGAUCACUCGCCUCGACCGCUCUCACUGACGGCACCAGUCUUUCCAUCUCCACCUCUGAACUUCAGGAAGGCCGCGUUGUCACUCGCAUUGUGACCACCUCUAUUCUCAUCGCGCUUCCCUGUGGCGCGUCUGAAGGCUCUUCUUCCUUCAGCUCCGACCUGAUCAAUACCCAGUCUUCUUCCCGCUACCUCAACACAACCACAGGUUCUGAAAGCAGCUUGAUUCGAUCCCCCAACUCUACAAUCAUCCACUCUGCUUCCUCUUCCAGCCGUACCAACUGGAAUACAACUGCAGUCAAGCAUGGGUCCUCGUCGACUGUUUUGAGCUGGAACUCUACAAUUGCCGGUCCAGUCGAGUCUUUGUCGUCCUCUGAUUCCUCUUUCCAGAGCCACCAGCCAACUGUCUCGGGAGCGACAUCAACUGAAACCGGAAAUCGCGACCUGUCUGCGUCCUCUACUAAAUCACCAUCCACUUCUCAGGAGAGCCAGAAUGGUAGCACCGGUGACAUUGUCCCCGCCUCUUCGCUGCACACAUCUUUGUCCGAAGGUGGUACAGCCCAGACCCCUGGUGCUACCACAGGCCCUGACCAUAGUCCAGCGUCGACCACCAUUCCCCAACCAUCCCAAUCGUCCAACAGCAUCUCCAGCGACUCUUUCUCUAUUGAGACUUCAAUCUCAGAUGUGGCUACCGGUACAACUGCCGUCAAUGUGCCUCGGACGUCUUCCUCUGGCACUGAUCGCAAUGCUGAGACCCCACACAUGACGGGAUCUGCUUCCAGUGGUGGCAGCUCUCACGCAAUGACCACUUCCGCAUCUACGACAGAGAACGAUCAGCAGUCUACCAAGAUUACCAUCGUCUCCACCGAGGAAGACCGGAAGUCAACCAAGAAGGGCGAUGAUGACGAUUCCAAGGCAUCUACCAAGAAGGGUAACGAUGAUGGCAAGACUUCUACCAAGAAGGGCAAUGAUGACAAGAAGUCUACCAAGAAAGAUGAUGAUGACAACAAAUCCACUAAGGCAUCUCCGGGCAGCACUCAAAAGAGCAUCGUAUCUACACACCAUGCCUCUUCUACUCAGCACUCUGCGACUUCUACCUCAACUGCAUCUCCCGGAAGCAGUGGAUCAAACGGUCCUGAUUCCACGGUCACAUCUUCUACCUCUUCAGGGCAUGGAGAUCUCACGGCUUUCUACUUGACUGCCACAAUCAAGCCUCCCGAAGGUGUCCAACCUUGGACAUGGCUCACUUGGACGUCUACCGAGGUCACCAAGACGACUACUCGUGAUGGUCAGGCCUGGCCAACAAUCUUCCCCGCAUGGUCAUGCAUCGGAGGACAGCUUCUAUGUCAUCCAAAGUGCCUGAUUCCUUUCCUCUUCUGCGAUCUCCCAGCCCUCAAUCUUCCGGGCUCGCUCGGGUUCCCUUGGGCUAAGCCGCCCCCCAAGAAGCCCAAGGGUAAGCCUCGCAAGGUCAGGAAAGACGACCCUACCGAUCCUGAAGAUCCCGAGGAUGACGAAUCGGAGCCAUCUGAGACACCUACCUCUUCGUCUGAAGCUUCUUGCACAGCGACCACCACCGUCUACCCCGACUGCAACCAGGGCUGUACUGCCAGCCCUAUCGUUGGUUCCGACUCGUCUACGAGCUUCACCACCAGCUGUAACACGGCCACAUGCAGACCCUCCAUUAUCUGCAGUACCACUGUCGAUACUACCACAACAACAACCAUCACGACUGUGUCUGCAACCCCUACAGAGAACUACUGUGGCGGCGUUGACUCGAGCUGCCAAAACUGCAAGGAUAAGAGAUCAGGUCUCUCGAAACGUUCCCAGUUCGUCAAGUGGGAUCCUCAGCCAGAUCCUGAGAUUCUUGGCGGACCUGAUGGACUCACGAACUUUGCGACCUGGCCUGCGGGUAAACAAAACUGGUUUGACCGCGCUUGGAAGUACUUGGCCCACUAUUGCGAUGGUUUGGAUCAUUGGAGACCUCUUGGCGACUUCGUUGACGGCGCAAAGAAGCUGGUCGGUUACUCUACAAUGCAUGCCGAUGUCUGGGGAGACCAGCCUAUGAUGGGAGGUACCGGACCACUCUGGGGUUGUAGCGGAAUCAUCAUCAUUACGAAGAGAGGCAUCUACACCAGUCACGUCUGGGAGGUUCCCAACUUUUGGAACCAAGGGUUCGGGGAAUACGACAUUGACAAGGAGUUCCGAGAGGGCGUUCUCGAGUUCCUUGAGACCGGCUCAGGUGAUCGACCUGGCGACGGAGAAUUCAUCUUGCAGCCGAACAGGCCGAACAGACUGACGAAGCCUCCGCCGCCUAGACCUGGCAACCCGAUGCCAGAUCCUGAAGACGGUACCAAAGGUCAGUUCCAGACACCCUAUCCUGGAAUCAAGCAACUCAAGGAGACAACCCCGAUCUUUGACAAUAUCCCCGAGGACACUCUCCAAGUCAUCUUCAUCUACCCCCUUACUGGUGGACAAUGGAGCAACCCUGUACCCCCGAACUAUCCCGACUACUUGCCGCCCAGACACCCCGAGCGGCUGCAGCAAUGGAAAGACUGGGUCUCCAACCACCUUGGCUUUCCCGCGGACAAGUUCACCAAUGUGGGAUACCACAAAGGCCCUGGGUACUGGCCCAAUGCGGACGAGAACCACCCGAUGGACAACUAUGUCCCGCCCUAUGGCCUCAUCUGGUGGCAGUAUCAUCCAGCUCACGUCGUGGAGGUGCUUCCUGACGGCACGCAGAUCCGCAAGCCUACCGUCAAGGUCUAUUGGGAGACGUGGCCAGUCUACGAGUUCUCCUGGUGUCCCCCGGGCACUGAGCUGAAGCGUGACGAGAAUGGAAGUGAGUCAUGCCCAAUGCCCGCCGCUCCUGCAAAGUCGUCCGCCGCGGCUUCCGGUGGCUCAGCUUCAGCUUCUGGUUCCGUUGCCGCUUCCGCGUCUGCCACGGCUGGCUCCCCUGGUAGUCAGUCCUCCAGUCAAGCCUCGAUGUCUAGCUCCCCUAGCGGUCAAACCUCCGACCGGGCCUCGACGUCUGGCUCCCCUGGCGGUCAAUCCGUCGGCAGAACCUUGACGUCUGGUUCUCCUGUCAGCAACUCCCCUUCUUCCAAGAGCAAGGUUGUCGUCUGGGUCACCACCACUGCCGAAGUGACUGUCACCAAUGACAUCGAUGUCACCCUGACUGUCACGCCCUCGGCUGCCGCUCCGACCUCUACGGCUGAGAUCUGGCGCAUCGCCCGCAUCACCCAGGACAUUUCUUUGGGUGAUGGCACCUCGAAUCACACUGCGACAGUCACUAUUGUCCAGAUCGAGGAAGGAAAGGAGGUCAACGUUGUCACGAACAGAGACAGCAAUGGCGGAGGUCCUGUCAAGCUUCCUCAUGAGCUUGUCACCACUGACAACUCGGGGGCUAAGUUGACCAUUUCCUUCAAGGAUGGUGAUCAGCCCUACGAGCUCAAAUCGGAGAUCGGUGGUCAUACCCAGGAAUGGUCCAUGAAGCAAUGGGGCAACAAGAUCGCCAACGGUCCUUGGUGCAAGAUCAUCAAGAACACUACGGGCGAGGGCGUAGUCAAGCGGUCUGCGGAGUGUCACUACCGUGCUUUUGGCCAAUAG